UUGACCCGGCAGAGGACACGCCGGCACGCGACCAACCAUCCGGCGAGAUGGAGGCCCCGCCGCCGCGCCGGUGGCCGCCGGGAUUCCGCUUCAGCCCCACCGACGAGGAGCUCGUCCUCUACUUCCUCAAGCGCCGGAUCGUCUCCGGCCGCCCCUCCCCCUACGUCGCCGACGUCGACGUCUACAAGUCCCACCCCUCCCACCUCCCUGAGAGGUCGGCGCUCCAGACGGGGGACAGGCAGUGGUUCUUCUUCAGCCGGAUGGACCGCAAGUACCCCAACGGCUCGCGCGCCAGCCGCACCACGGGCGACGGCUACUGGAAGGCCACGGGGAAGGACCGCUUCAUCUGCGGCGGCGGCGGCCGAGCGGUGGGGAACAAGAAGACGCUCGUGUACCACCACGGCCGGGCCCCUCGCGGGGAGCGCACGGACUGGGUCAUGCACGAGUACACCCUGCUCGCCGACGCGCUCCCGCCGGCCGCGCAGGGGAGGGAGUCCUACGCGCUCUACAAGCUGUUCCAGAAGAGCGGGGCCGGGCCCAAGAACGGUGAGCAGUACGGCGCGCCCUUUCGGGAGGAGGAUUGGUUGGAUGACGAGGAGGGAGUGAUCGCGGUUGCUCCUGCUAGUCCCGUUCCUAACAACAAUAAUUGUCCUGCUACCGUGGAGGAGCACGAAAUUGCUGACCGUGAACUUCCGGUUGAGGAUCUUGACGAGCUCCUGUCACAAAUUGGAAAUGAUAAGGAGGAGUUUGGUGAAGCACAGCUUGAUUUUUCGACACCUGCUACUUCCCAUGGUCAAAGUCAGGGUUGGCUUAGUGAGGGGGGUAACAAGGCUGAGGUAGUGGAUGCUUCCAUUAGUAGUGGUGCUGGGGUAGCUGCAGAGAAUACGUGCACUGGUGGUCUCCCUCUUGGGGAUAUUGAGCAGCUCCUGAUGCAAAUGUCUGAUGAUCAGCAAAACGCUGAAUUGUUCUCGGAUUUGUCGACAUCAGUUCCACAACUGCAGCUUCAGUGUGACGAUCAUCAGGUGUGGCUUGAUGCACACAGGGAGCAGGAAGUUUGUGCUCCGGAUCCUACCACAAGCAGUGGUGUCGUGGUAACAGCAGAAUGUACUGACACAGAGUUUGGGGAUCUUGAAGGGCUUCUGCUGCAAAUAGCCAAUGACCAGGACAUGAUUGAACCUCAAUCAGAUCUGUCUGGACCAAUUCCAUAUCACAACUUCAACCAGGUCGGCAUUGGGGAUUUCCAUGAAUCUCAUGGUGCUCUGGUUGGUAAUCUUUCUUGUAUAGUUCAAGAAAGUACAUUUGAUCCGCAAACUGAGCCAAGAAGUCAAUUUCCACAGUCUAGUCUAACCAAUGUGCCAUUUAGCGGAGAAACAAAUUCUUCUGAAGGGACAAGUGUGCCACGAUCUGUGUCAGGUUUAAUCAGUUACAAUAGCCAGGAUGCUGAUGAGGAGUUCCUUGAAAUCAACGAUUUCUUUGAUCUGGAGGGUGUAGAACAGAGUGCAAAUUGUACAGCAACUGAGCACUUGAUAUCUGCAACAAAUGGGAUGUUUGACAAUUUGGAAUACUCUGAUGCUCAUACUUUUUUACCUGGUCCAUUUGACACAGUGGGAGUGGUAGCUGAAAAUCAAUUUUUUGAUUAUGGUAACACUGGAAUUCAGGACCAGGGAUAUCAGUAUACAACAGAAGUAACAACACACAAUCAGGCUGCUCUUAAUGUCCGGAGCCACAUGAAGCAUACUCAUGUUGUCUUACCCUCACAUGCAUCAGGCACUCUAAAUCUUCAUGCAGCAAAUGAGCCACCUAACAGGAGCUCAACUGCUUCACAAUCAUGGUUCAAUGCUGCUCUAUCAGCCUUGUUGGACUCUGUACCUAGCAGUCCAGCAUUGGCUGCUGAAAUUGAAAAUACUGUUAUCAACAAAACACUCCAGCGCAUCUCUAGCUUCAGAUCACAUCAAGCUUCGGGUGAAGAUAACACAGUUAUCAACAGAACACUUCAUCGCAUCUCUAGCUUCAGGUCACAGCAAGUUGCAAGUGAACAACCAAGCACUCCAACGAUUCAGGUUACAAGAGGUGGCAGACUGAUGUUUCUCUCUCUACUGGUUAUACUUGCUGCUGUUAUGUGGACCUUUACUGCUGGCAGUGCUGGGUCUGCACUCAAUUUCUGCAAGGGGUUAUGGAAAUCUUCUUCUAGGUGAUCCCUAAUCAACGGCAAAAAAUCACCUGUUAUUCUGGUGAUUUGGUCCUCUCUAAUUCUUUUCAGUCCUCUGUAUGGGUUAUUGUUUGAAUAUCCCUUUCCUUUCAAAAGGGGGAAGAGGUAGAAGCAUUUUGGGGGUGGAUCAAUGAUUAUAGGUGUUAGUAGCUUAUGCAAUAGAACAGGGAAAAAGAAAUAUAAUGCGAGACAAAAAGGGUAUCUGAUGGUAAUAUAUGUGGCUACUUAUUAUCCUUCUGUAUUUUGAUGGAAAUAUAUAGUGAAUGUAAGUAAAGCAUUAAGAUAACUGCAGUUUAUGUUCAUAGGGUCACGAUGUUUUGGGGAAGAAGAUUUCAAUGUAUCACAAUUGCAGAUCCAAUGUCUAUGUGGAUAACUGUA